CGCGCGUAAGUUGACCCGGUCACUCAUCUUUUCCAGAACAAAAACGAGGGAAAAUGCUGGUUUCUAUUAAAUCGACGCGUAAAAUCGUAACUCUAGACACAAUGGUUAUUCAGCAAGUCUAGCAAGAGAAUGAAUAUGUGUAUACGACGGACUUAGAUCCAAUCAUACCCAAAAAGAAUUAGCCGGUCCGAUUGUCGACAUACAAAGGCAUCCAAAUUUCGCUAUCUGACUUACCCACAUCUCCUUCUCUCCAACCACCAUCAUGUCUGACACUGCCGGUAAAGUAAUCAAGUGCAAGGCCGCCGUCUGCUGGGGUGCUGGUGAGCCUCUCAAGAUUGAGGAUAUCGAAGUCGCGCCUCCCCAGGCCCAUGAAGUCAGGAUUCACAUCCUUCACACCGGAAUCUGCCAUACCGACGAGUACACUCGCAGCGGCAAGGAUCCCGAGGGUCUGUUCCCCGUUAUCCUGGGUCAUGAGGGCGGAGGAAUCGUUGAAUCCGUUGGAGAAGGUGUAACUAGUGUCGCAGUCGGUGACCAUGUUAUCCCGCUCUAUACCGCCGAGUGCCGAGAGUGCAAAUUCUGCAAGAGCGGCAAAACUAACCUUUGUGGGAAAGUUCGCGCGACUCAAGGCAAAGGUCUCAUGCCUGACAAUACUAGCCGCUUUACUUGUAAGGGUCAGCCUAUCCACCACUUUAUGGGUACUUCUACCUUCUCUCAAUACACCGUCGUCGCCGACGUGUCGGUCGUUGCUGUGGACAAAAAAGCGCCCCUGGAGAAGGUUUGCCUGCUGGGGUGCGGUAUAACCACCGCAUGGGGCUCCGUUGUGAAGCAGCCUGGCAUCAAGGGAUCGUCUGUCGCAGUCUUUGGUUGUGGCGCCAUCGGCCUUGGAGUCAUCAACACGUCGGCUUUAGUAGGCGCCAGCCGUGUCAUUGCCAUCGACACCAAUCCGGGCAAAGAGGCUUGGGCAAGGAAGUUUGGCGCGACUGAUUUCAUCAACCCGCUCCAGCUUCCUGAGGGCACCCGUAUCCAGGACUAUCUCGUCGAGCUCACUGAUGGCGGACUUGAUUACACGUUUGACUGUACUGGAAAUGUGCAUGUUAUGAGGUCUGCUCUUGAGGCUUGCCACAAAGGAUGGGGUGUUUCAACUGUCAUCGGGGUCGCCGCUGCCGGCCAAGAGAUUUCUACACGACCAUUCCAAUUGGUGACGGGCCGCACUUGGCGAGGGAGUGCCUUCGGCGGUGUCAAAGGAAGGACUGAGAUUCCUGGUCUUGUUGAAGAUUACCUACAGGGCAAAGUCAAGAUUGACGAGUACGUUACUCACCAUAGGAAGUUUACCGAGAUCAACGAAGGGUUCCAUGAUAUGCACGGUGGUGAAUGCAUCCGCUGCGUCGUUGACAUGUCCUGAGAUACACAAUAAGAUAAACGAUGUAAAUGUAUUAGUAUGUAUCAAGCAUCGAAUACAAUUGUAUACAGCAAAG